AUGGCGGAUCCUUCGCAAUUCCCCAAGGCUAUGGGCGAAGCGCCUUCCCGUCGACCCAACAUGGGCGAACAGAAGCUCACCGACAGCAAUGUACCCUCUUUGGCCCCAGACAAUGCUUGCGAUGAGCCUGCUCCCACCGCUCCUGGCGGCGCAGGCCACGCAGCCAUUGCCAAGGACUCAGAGGGCAAGAACUUUGACAAGGUGUACGGUGUUAGGCCGAAGACGUGAGCGUUCACUCGGCACUGCUACCACUCAACGCCUCCCGCUGACAUCUUUGUCCCGUCGCUUGUCCCUACGCUCGCAGUACAUGGCAGCUGAAGCCUCCCGCCACCUGGACUCUGUGGGAGUUCAUUGCUUCGCUCGAUCUCUGCCCCGAAGUCUCUUACCAAAGGAGAGCGGCGACCGAGAAGCUGCGCGGCCCGCCUCCUUACCAACCCAUGUGGCGUGAGAAUGCCUUCAUCAUCCCCACUGCCUCGAUUCCUCUGGUAAUUCACUGGGCAUGGAACAAGCUUGUGCCCGGUGAGUGACGCAUGAAUUGCCAACUCCGCGCCAGCCUCUCGCUGAACCGUGAUGCACUACCCGUGACACUACAGAGCACAAAUUGCACUUUGCACCAGGAUGGGUCUUGUACCAUCUCUCUUUCAUCCUGUUCGCAUUCCUCAUGAUCGGAAGGUUGCACAAGUACAUGGCCACCUACGGUACUUUCGACGAGCUCAACCGUGGACGAGACAUGGUCGACGACAGGCACGUCAACCACCUGGGUCGCUCCAUCUUCAUCUACACCGUCUUCCGCACUCUUGGUCCCUUCAUCUUGUCAUGGCGUGGAGAGAUGUCGAACCCGUUCGAGGGCUUGAGCAUCUAUUCUAUUCCCAAGAUCAUGGCAUUCGAGGUUGCUCUAGACUACUGGUUCUACCUCUACCACAGAUCUUGCCACGAAUUUGACAGUCUGUGGUUCAUCCACCGUCAGCACCACGCCACCAAGCACCCAACACCCAUUCUCUCCAUCUUGGCCGACGACAUUCAGGAAUGCAUCGAGAUCUUCAUCGUUCCCUUCCUCGCCUCUCUCGUCACACCCAAGAUGUCCUUCGUCGAGAUUCACUACGCCAUCUGCUACUUGCUCUACGUUGAAGCUCUCGGACACUCGGGUAUCCGCGCUUAUUGGCCUCACCCUCUUCUCGGUCUGAUGCUCCGCCCCCUCGGCAUGGAGCUUGCCGUCGAAGACCACGAUCUUCACCACCGAUUUGGCAAGUCUGGCAAGAACUACGGAAAGCAGACGCGCAUUUGGGACCGCAUCUUCGGCACCGUCGGAGAGCGUAUUGAGUGCGCUGCUCAGUACUAA